AAAGAAGAACGUGUGUAUGUAGAUAGUAGACCACCAAUAAGCCUUUUUAAAGAAAGCAAAUUGUAAAAUUUGAUAAUUUCAGAUAGCUGGAAAGAGUGGUGAUUAUGAAUCAGAAGCGAUAAUAUUCGCCACUCUGGACAGUUAAAUCAAUUUGCAGGAAUUUGAACUUGGCUGGGUGCAUAAUCUAAAAAUUGAGUCCAUCACCACAGAGAAGCAGAAGAAGUAGUGCUUAUUUCAAACACAGAGAAGAACAAUUAGUGCUUAUAUUAAAAAGGUUAUUAUUAUUAUUCAAUUUCUCAAUUAAUCUAUUGCUUAUAAAAAAAAGCUGUAAAAAAACUUCUUUAUCACAAUAUGGAUGACGAGGCUGAAACAUAUAAACUAUGGAGGAUUCGAAAAACAGUAAUGCAAUUGUGUCACGAUAGAGGUUAUUUAGUAACUCAAGAUGAAUUGGAUCAAACACUCGAACAAUUUAAGGAACAGUUUGGAGACAAACCUAGCGAAAAGCGACCGUCUAGAAGUGAUUUGAUUGUAUUAGUAGCUCAUAAUGACGACCCCACAGAUCAAUUAUUUGUAUUUUUUCCCGACGAACCUAAGAUUGGAAUAAAAACUAUUAAAACUUAUUGUCAUCGUAUGCAAGAGGAGAAUAUACAUAGAGCUAUUAUUGUUGUUCAAGCUGGUAUGACUCCAUCUGCUAAACAAUCUUUAGUAGACAUGGCUCCCAAAUAUAUAUUGGAACAGUUUUUAGAAUCAGAGUUGUUGAUAAAUAUUACAGAACAUGAAUUGGUACCCGAGCAUGUUGUAAUGACACCUGAAGAGAAACAGGAACUUCUAUUGAGAUAUAAAUUGAAAGAAAACAUGUUGAUGAGAAUCCAAGCUGGUGAUCCUGUGGCAAGGUAUUUUGGUUUAAAGAGAGGACAGGUUGUCAAAAUUAUUAGGCCAUCCGAAACAGCGGGAAGAUAUAUUUCAUAUAGAUUAGUUUGUUAAAUAUGUUUUUUAAGAUCAAUAAACAUAUAAUAACUUUUA